AGUAAGUCCAUGAGAUGGUGGCUGAAUACCAACUAAGCAAAUUCCCAAAAACUGUAUUCAAUUAUAUAAGAAACAUGCAUCCAAGCACGUAGAUACUGUAAUCUCUUGAUAAUUAAAUUAUUAAAACUGACCAAACACAACUUCAACUGCUUCAAACAUAUUAUUCCAAUCUGUCAUCUCUCUCAUGUCUUCACAUGUUUUUAAUAACUUCACCUCUCCCUUUCUUCAUUCCUCCAAACAAAAAUUCCUCUAAUCCUCCAUCAUGACUGUCAAGAAAGUAGAAAUCAAGGUGGAUAUAAACUGUGGGAAAUGUAACAGCGCAAUCAUGGAAGCAGCCACAGAUAUAGAAGGUGUGAAUCAUGUUUCGUUAGAUGAAGGGAAAAGCAUACUUACCGUGGUGGGUACGAUGGAUCCGGUCUGCGUUGCAUCAAGGCUGAAGAAGAUUAAACAGAAACCUGUUAUCAUCAGCGUUGGACCACCACCGAAACCUCCGGAGCCACCAAAGCCUCCAGCGCCUGAAAAACCAAAGCCUCCACCAACACCUGAACCACCAAAGCACGUAUGCAACUGCAAGCCCCCUUUACCUAACUGCAACAGCUGUGAUGUUGUGUCUGUUACUACAUAUGAAAGUGGAAGCGGCUGCAACAUUCUCUAAGUCAUGUUUCUUGUACCAUAGCCUUUCAUGUCAAGUCUGGAAACCUAUAUUUAGCCAA